GACCAGGACCAGGGCGUCCAGCAGGCCAGGGCGUUCCAGAAGUGAUCGAUGUGCAUGAGGAGGGGAGGGUCUCUGCUUCUACCGUCCUCAAGUAUAAAGAGGCGGUGGUUCCUUUCGUCAAGUGGUGUGUCAGAGAAGGGGUGGAGCCGUUCAUCCCGGACCAGUGGGAUGACGCUAUCAUGGGCUUCAAAAGGUUUGGGGGCUCCGAGGCUGUGGGGAUGGGGGUCCAGACUAAGUCCGAAUUCACCCUGCUCCUCGCGGCGGUGGAGUUCCGCUUUCCGCGCAUGAAGGGGAGGCUGUGUCGAGUUAGGGCGGCCAUCAAGGGCUGGGACUAUGCUCGCCAACCUCGUCAUACCGUCCCCAUGAUCAGUAACGUGCGUGCAUGGAUGCGUAUUCAUUUGUGUGCCAGGGGUGUGCCGCGCCUGGGUUUCGGCAUCGUGAUCCAGGACAAGUUCGGGAUGAGGCCGAGUGAAAUGCUGGGGGUUGAGGCUGACGACGUCACCCUUCCGGAGGACUGGGGUUAUCCUGGAGGCUCUGGGCCAGUCGUCAUCGGUCUGGGGAUCAGGGCCAUGACGAAAGCCAAGCGCUCGCAGUCUGUGUCUUUCUUGGAGGAGCUGGAGCCAGGCCUCGCAGAGGGCCCCAGGAUUCUUCGUCGUCAUACUCCCAAGGGCCAGCGACUUUUCCCGUACUCCCCGGCACAGUACCGUACCCUCAUAAAGACCGUGCAGGCCUCGUUCAAGCUUGACGUCGGGUGGGGGCCGCACAGCCCCCGCGCCGGGUUCGCUUCGGAGUCGACCGCCCUCGGGAUCCCUUUCGAGACCAUCAGGGAAAUGGGAAGGCUUUCGAUGGUUGGGUCCAGGACGCCCAGCAUCAAGGCCGCGCUCCGCAAGGGCGCGGCCGCGCAGGCCAAGGGCGAGGGCGUGGAGUCGGGCUCGGAGGUGGGCUCGUGGCUGGAGGUGGGCAGCCCGGGAGCCAGCUCGGCGAGGGCGCCCGCCACGCCGAUGCAGAACCGCGCGGACACGUCAGCGCGAAGAUGCAAGCGUGCCAAAUCGCUUAAGGCGGGCAAGGGCGGCCAGCUACAGUGGGUGAUGAAGUGCGCGCCGUCAGGACCUCUUCUGGGCAAGCUCGCGCUGGCCGCCAUGGUGCUGAGUAUCCUCCCCGCCAGCCUCUUCCCCAGCGCCGCCAGGGGCCUCAUCGUCAUGACGGACGUGGUGGAGGAGGUAGGAUCCGCGGCGGGGAGGAUCGUGACCGCAGGAGCGAAUGUGAGCACGAGCGCAGCGAAGCUCGUGUCGGCAGUGACGGAUGGGUCGAUCGGCCUGGUCGAGGCGGCGCGGCGCGGCGUCGACCUGCUGGACGCCCAGGUGCUGGGCAGCACCGGCAGGUUCUUCGUCGAGGAUGAAGGCGACUGGCCCGCCUUCCUCCAGGAGCCAGAGGUCCAGCAGGUGCUGCAGCUCGAGCCGGAGUUUUCUGAUGAACUGGAGCGCCUUUUGCUCUUCUCUUCGGCCACUAG